GUCCAGACUUCUCGCCACCACAAUCAUUCUACUGAUUAGGUACUGGGAGACCAAACAUGCUCACUACAGAUCCUUAGAAACUUGGAUUGAACAUUGUGUGUGAGCUGCUGCAGAGAGUCCCUGUCUUGUGAAUACAGUCUGGCAAUAAGAAUUCUUCCAGCCUGCUGGGAAACAAUAUUUGUAUCAAGCAUAACCUAUUUAUACCAUUUGUCUUGCGCUGGGGCACAGAUUUCUCACAGCCUGGAGGAGCUAGCGAAGAGGCACAAGAUGGAUUGAAAGUAGCUGAAACUUUUGAUGGUGAUUUUGCCCAGCUCUGGGUAUUCUGCAGUCCUGGAGUUUCUGGGAUUUGUGCUCCUUUAAGAAGAGGAUUGUCUGUAUGGUUUUUCUUUUUGCGGUUUUUGGCGUGUGCCUGACCCCAGGAGAGGGGCUUUCAAUAUAAAACAAGGGUUAGAUCCACCUGGGGGAUUUGCUUAAUUGUUUCAUCUUUAUAUUGGAGUAUAUUACUGUGGGAUAUUUUUUAGGAAUCAUGAACUUUCUGGUGACUUUGAUCAACUGGAGCUUGGCAAUGUUGGUGUAUGUGCACAAUGCCCAGUUGUCCAAGGCAGCCCCAACAUCCGGAGAGGGAGAACAUAAACCCACUGAAGUGGUCAAGUUCAUGGACGUAUACCAAAGAAGUGUGUGUCAGGUUCGAGAAACACUGGUGGAUAUAUUCCAGGAGUACCCAGACGACGUGGAGUACAUCUUCAAACCAUCAUGUGUCCCUCUAAUGAGAUGUGCGGGCUGUUGCAAUGACGAGAGCCUAGAAUGUGUGCCCACAGAGUGGUACAACAUCACCAUGCAAAUAAUAAGAAUUAAACCUCAUAUAAGCCAGCUUAGAAUCGAUAAGAGUUUUCAGCAACACAGUGAUUGUGAAUGCAGACCAAAAAGAGACGUAAGAGGCAAACAGGAAAAAAAAUCAAAGCGAGGAAAGGGCCUUAAACGAAAGCGCAAGAAAAUCCGGUACAAACAGCUUCGCUUUCAUUGUGAGCCUUGCACAGAGAGGAGAAAACACUUGUUUGUCCAAGAUCCCCAGACCUGUAAAUGCUCCUGUAAAAAAGCAGACUCACAUUGCAAAACGAGGCAGCUUGAGUUAAACGAAAGGACUUGCAGGAGAGGCAAGAGGCCUAGAGCAGUUCAACCAUUUGGGGCUUCCCUUUCUGCUGACCUCGCUCACUAACAUGCGUACUGACACCUCUAUAGAAAAAAAUGUGAAAAGCCAAGGCGGUGAGUGGAGGAGUACCUCUCUGCGAGAGGAGAUAUGGCACGUAAUGAAGGAUCGGUACUCAGCACAGCACUUUGGUUAAUAAGCAUUCCGCAAAGAGGGAAGAAAGAAAAAUAUAUACCCUUCUAUAAUACAAUUUCUCCUUUUUUUUAACAAAUUUGAUGCUGCUAAACACCAAGAGCCAGAAGACCUGAGGCGUAUCUUAUUUUUUUGGAUUCCAAUAUAUUAUUAUAAGAAGUAAAUAUAUAAAUAUAUAUAUAUCUAUAUAUAUUUUGGAUUUUGUUGUUCUUUUUUUCUUAACAUGCUAUUAAUAUCCUCACUGGACUGUGGCCAAUACUGAACUCUUUAUUUUUAAAUUGACACAUGGAGUUUAGCAGCAAACACCUUUUAUGACAAAUGGAGCUAACCUCUAAUAUUAAUUCCCUGGAUGUUUUGGGGUUUGUUGCAUGAAUUUUUUGAAAUCAUUAUACCCGACCAUGUUUAUGAGAUAAAAGCAAGAUACUCUCAAACUGUUUCCAAUUUGGACAAGUCAAAGGUCAAGGUAUCCCAGCUGGAAGGUUUUGGAAAUAUCCAACUGCACAAUUGAUUCUUCUGAGAAUUCUGCCCAAAAAAGAAAUUAGACUUAUGGAGAAAAUGUAGAGAGGGAAAAAGACGUGAAAGUUUGGACUGAGAGACCUUCAUCUCCAUCGCCAGUGGUGCCAAACUGUGUCAUUGCCCAUCAUGGAUCCGUGUGAGGAGUCCGAUAAAAGCUUCAUGGGCUGCCCAUACUAUUUAAACCUGCUAUUUUUUUGUAUGGAUUUGGGUAUUCACAAAACACCAAUGUGAUCAUUGGUGGAAAGGGUUUGUAAAAACAUUGGUUUUGCAUCUGUAACCGACUCUUCCAUCUUAUUGCCUAAAGCUACAAGCUGAAUGGAUUCUAAAAAAAUGCUAAAUAUUAUAAUGUCUAUGACAUGCUGGUUCUGUUUUAUCAGGCACGUGCUGAGCCAGUACCAAUUUAUCUCUGUGGUCAUAACUUAACACUAAAAGUCCAAAACUCAUUUGAGUUUGGACCAAAGGAAGGUUCCCGGCAGUGGAAUAGAUCAGGAAUGUGCUGAAGAUAAGGAGCCAUUGGUAUCUCCCACAAUUUUGACUCACACUGAAUAAGUGGAGCAAAAUACUCACUCCUAGUGAGGAAGAAUAACUCAUACUGAGUGGAGCUGCUAUAUAAUGAGUGAGACUCACUCAGUGAGUGAGGCUGCUUUACAGUGUAUAAGACUGAUUUAUGUUGAGUGAGGCUGUCCUACGAUGAGUGAGCUCUGACGUCUGUUUCUCCAGCUGAAAAUAACAGUCACAGAUUCAGGACUGGCUCGGCCUGUCUGACAAUCCGAAGCUAGCUGGUCCCGGCACUGCAUAUAUACAUCAAUGAAAUCAUAAAAUGCACAUAAAAUAUAAGAUCAUUGAGUCUUAGAGCUGCAGUCUAAUUCUCUGUGAUGGCACUGGAGUUGUUCAAAAUGUUCACUGUAACCUUUGUGUAUGUAACUCGUGUAUACAGACACACACCAGUUGGAACUACACUAUUAUAGCAAGUAAUAGAAGACCUAAACAGACAUCUGUGUAACAGUAUCAGAGUAGAAGAGGCAGACUGAGUAGGUCAAGAAUAAAUUGUCACUGCACAAACAGGGAGUGGGGGCAACACUGGGAAUAAGCCGUAGUGAAAGCUGAGCUUUAGUUUUAACACCUUUAAUUGAAGGAUCUUUUGGGAGAUAUUUACUGUACACACCAAAGAAAGCUGUAGUGCAUAUGGCACACAUUCCCUUCCCCUCCUUGGUAGACAGUAUUUGAAAGGAGGCCAGUAUCUUAAACAUUUUUUGUUAAUCAGUCUAUAUUCCUUUAUUAAGUACUUAGUAUCAUUUCUUUGGGAUGUCCCAUAUUAUAUAGUGCCAAAUGCUUUUCAUUUAAGUAAGAAUCCCAAAGAAAUCUUGAAUUACAAGUGCCUUUUAGCUGUGUAGUUUCAGACACAUCAAAAUUCAUAUUUGUUUAACAUCACGUUGUGGUGAAGCAGAUUCACCCUUCCUCCCAAAGAUUACAAGGCAUGAUAGUGAUUAGAGGUAUUUUCUUUAAUUUUAUGAUUCAACUAGACUUCCACGACACAAAAUCUGAAGAGCUGUUACAGCUGUGAUAGAAACUAGAGAAAAGGGUUAGACCUAGAAUGAUCUAGCAGAUGGCAGGUGUGUAAGUGUGUGUGAGUGUGAGUGUGUGUGUGUGUGUGUGUGUGUAUACAUUGGUGCAAAAUCAGUCCAUCACAUGGUAUUGUUAUUUAAUAUAUCCCUUUUGUUAAUAAAGCUGAUAAUUUAAUAAAAAUGUGUGAGGGCGGGAGGGUUCAGUAUUCUUUUAUUAUAUUUAAAUUUCACAUUAUUUAUAAAACAAAUACAUGUAUUUGAUGAUGUUUUUAUCUGUUCGCUGUGGUGGUCUUUUAAUUUCUUUGCUAUGUCCAGAGCAUUUGCACCCAACCCUUUAGGUAACCACCAAUGAGUUGAACAUUUUGCAUUCUUUGCUGUUGGUGGAGUAACUCAUUGUAGCUUAACUGUAAAAAAAAAAGGGUUCUAGGCUACGAUUUCCUCAUCUGAAAACUUUGUAGCAUACGCUACAUUCUAAUGCACUAUAAAAGAAGGGGCAAUUGAUUCAUGCCCCAUUCGCACAAGACAAAGAGUGCAGUAACUAACUGAUAUUUUAAAUGAACCUAGUUGUAUUUACUACAAAUUAAAAACAUGUCUGACUCAGAUGUAAACCAGACUGAUUACAAUAUGUAAAUUAUUUUCAGGGAAUUAGAGUGUUUGCAGGCAAUUACCAGCUUGGUAUAUUUGUGACUGGAUCCGCAAAGAGAAAGCAUUUUUUUAUUAAGUCCCAUUGGUGUCUUUUCAUGAAUACAUGAUUCAAUUCCCCAAUCUGAGUUUUGCCUAAAAUCUUUUAACCUGUGCCUGAAGGGAAACAAUGUACUGCUUACUGUAAUGUUAAAAAAAUAAGGCAAAUAUGUUAUUCUUGCUAGUAAAAUUAUUUUACAAGGUAAAACUGAGAGAUUUCCAAAUUUCAGAGUGAGGAGUCAGAAACCACACAAUGGAGACAUUUUCUCAACUACAAUCUACUAAAUUAUCCGUAUUAAAUGUACUCCAAUACCCAUCACAACAGGAGGGUGAGCUUUUUUCUUACAGUAUUUAAUUUAUAAAGACUUCAAUUAUCCUAACUACUAUAGGAAGAUUCUAAUUUCCUCCGUGAGUGUUGCUCCAAGUGAGUUCUUGUACAGUCUGCAUAUGGUUUAAGAGAUGCUGAAAGCUUUUGUGCUUCUAAAAAGGUUAAGUCCGCAAACCAUGUUGCUCAAUACACACAAAAUGGCUUCAAAUAUCCAACAAUGACCUUAAACAUAUAACAGCACAGCAGCAACGUCAACUCUUUUGAUUUAUAAUAUAUGGUGAUUUUUUCCUAAAUCCCAGUGAUCAUUUGUUAUCACUGUAUAAAUGUACACAUUUCUGCUUUGAGGUAGUGUUGUUUCAGGCAAUAUGAUAAAUAUCCGCUACUUCCCUAGUAGUGAAAAAGUAUUUUAACUGCAUAAAAGACUUUCAAGAUAUUUGUAUUGAUGAUUAUAAGGCCUUAGUCUAACCACUGGAGUGUUCAGGUGAUAAGGUGUGCAGUAGUGCUUUAUGAGGGUACAUUUUGUUUUUGUUCCUUUUGCAAUGAUCUUCCAGCUCUAGCUGUUGCCUAACUUAUAAAGACCAUCAUGUCUUGGUGACUAUUGUGGACAUAAAUGGUCUUAUGCAGCAAUGAUAGCAAAGACCACAGUCGCAACAUUUAGGGGCCCAUUUAUCAAGCUCCGAACGGAGCUUGUGGGCCCGUGUUUCUGGCGAGUCUUCAGACUCGCCAGAAACAGCAGUUAUGAAGCAGUGGUCUAAAGACUGCUGCUCCAUAACCCUGUCCGCCUGCUCUGAUGAGGCGGACAGGAAUCACCGGAAAUCAACCCGAUCGAGUACCAUCGGGUUGAUUGACACCUCCCUGCUGGCGGCCGAUUGGCCGCGAGUCAGCAGGGGGCAGGGUUGCACCAGCAGCUCUUGUGAGCUGCUGGUGAAAUGUUAAAUGCGGAGAGCGUAUUGCUCUCCGCAUUCAGCGAGGUCUUGCGGACCUGAUCCGCACCGUCAGAUCAGUUCCGCAAGACCUUUGAUAAAUAGGCCCCUUAGACUGAAGAAGCAAUAACUAGUCAAAUGAUUGGAAUCAAAUACUGACUAUGAUGUCUACAAUUUGUCUGGCAAUUGGACUUGUAUGGCCUGUAUCGGUCUCUUGUACGUUUUAGUGACAACCAUUGUAUCCCCAGAGGUUACAGGAGGGUUUGCUGUGGAUGUCCAGGUCAGGCCGAUAAAAUGUCAUUUGUGAGGUAGUAAAACAUUAUGUUUUUUUCCUUUUGAUAUAAAUUAGCUUUGCUGGGCCAGACAAGAGGCUUUGGCCUUUACACAAUCCGUACAUGAAUGUACAUGUAUGUUUCUAGACUAUUUCCAUUAUAAAACAAUCCAUACUACACUAUCUUCUAACUGGUACUUAUCUUCAUCACUAAGUCUGGCAGCCAUUGUAAAAAUGUUGCUUGGAUGCCAUUAAAAUACACUAAACAGAUUUUUGCAGACCCAAGAGACUGCUGGAGUUGUGAUAGUGAAAGCCAAUAAAAAAUGCUUAUCGAUAUUAUUGCAAAUACAAGUUCUUAAUAAAAAAUGAAUUCAGAAUCACAGAUAGUGAAAAUGGAUUCUUACCAAAUAAACAACAGCUAGUAACACAUUUCCAGUUUUGCAAUAUACUAACAAAAUAGAUUUUUUUUUGUCUGUGUCUUUUUAAUAAAUGACGGCGCUGGCCUGUUUACUAGAACGUACUUAAAUUAUUUUGGUUGCCUUUAAUUUGUGCCAUGGAUAACCAUAUUCUAUGUCAGUGUUAGCCCCUGACAAAUGGAGCAUCUGCCCUCCUGAACUAGAACUGUCAAGAGAUGGGAGAAAUUUGGUUACUGUAAGUUUGAUUGAUAUACUGGCCAUUUUCCCACUAUUGUGUUAAGCCAAGAUAUAUAUAAGCCCUGAAGUUAUUAGCCGUUUUGUGCCAGGAGUCUGCAUUGUUUUGCAGACCUCUCUGACAUGAAGGGGUUAAAAUAUGUAUAUUUGUGUAUCUUAAAGACCUUUUUCUUUUGUAAAUAAAGUUUAAAAAGUAAUUAUACCUAACAAAUCUUUUUUUAUUGUAAUAUGUGUAACUUUUUAUUUAUUGGUGCUACCAUUUGUAAUUAUUGUGAGAAAAAGAAGUCAUUAACACACAUUCUUCCUUAUCAGAUUAUUCUGUAGAAAACAUAUUUAUUUUAAAACGCAUAAAUAUAUCAUUCAAAAUGUC